GGAAGAACCGACGGAAAGUAGGCUACAUUUACCAAAAAGAGACGACGAUGGUCGGACAAAAACCAGCCAACGCCGUGUUUUUAUCUACAUGCAUUUACUGAUAUAUGACGUUAUAUAGCACCUGGCAAAUACUGCUUUCAUAUCUGGCAGGAAACAGUGGCGUAAUCUGUGGAAAAAACCCGAGUCGCUAAUACCGUAAGCUGGCAACGCAGUUUUUCCGCCAGCUAAACCUGCAUCAUUUAUUAUAGUUUCCUCUUCGGUUCAAUUCUUCUGACUCGAGGAGAAAAGUGGUGAAUAAUGGUUCAGAAAGAGAAGACGCCGGAGACUCCGCAGCUGGAGGCUGAGCCGAGCCCCAGCCCGGUCCCCGGGGAGGCUUGUGCGGAGGCCCCGGGCCCGGCGGAGGAGCCCGUCCCCGGGCUGGAAGCCCCGGACCCCCGCAAGUUCAUCAGCGGCGUCGUGGAAGGCUUUUAUGGCCGUCCAUGGACAAUGGAACAAAGGAAAGAAUUAUUUCGAAGGCAGCAGAAAUGGGGACUCAACACGUAUCUCUACGCACCCAAAGAUGACUACAAGCAUAGAAUGUUCUGGCGAGAGCUGUAUUCAGUGGAAGAAGCAGAGCAACUCAUGACUUUGAUUGCUGCUGCCAAGGAGUAUGGAAUAGAGUUCAUUUAUGCCAUUUCCCCGGGAUUAGACAUUACCUUCUCCAAUCAAAAAGAAGUUUCAGCACUCAAAAGAAAACUUGACCAGGUUACUCAUUUUGGCUGCAAGUCAUUUGCCUUACUUUUUGAUGAUAUUGACCACAACAUGUGCCCUGCUGACAAAGAAGUAUUCAGCUCUUUUGCACACGCUCAGGUUUCCAUUACAAAUGAAAUCUACCAGUAUCUGGGAGAGCCUGAAACUUUUCUCUUCUGUCCCACAGAGUAUUGUGGAACAUUCUGCUACCCAAGUGUCUCUCAGUCUCCCUACCUCCACACAGUAGGAGAGAAACUACUGCCUGGCAUUGAAGUAUUAUGGACAGGCCCCAAAGUGGUAUCCAAAGAUAUACCCGUGGAGUCUAUUGAGGAGGUUUCAAAAAUUCUAAGAAGAGCUCCUGUAAUCUGGGACAAUAUUCAUGCCAAUGAUUAUGAUCAGAAGAGACUCUUCUUAGGCCCGUACAAGGGCCGCUCUACAGAGCUCAUCCCGAGACUGAAGGGAGUCCUCACCAAUCCCAACUGCGAGUUUGAAACAAACUUUGUAGCAAUCCACACUUUGGCCACCUGGUACAAGUCUAAUAUGAAUGGCGUUCGGAAGGAUGUGGUCAUGACUGAUGGUGAGGAAAGUACCGUGUCCAUCCAAAUCAAGUUGGAGAAUGAAGGGAGUGAUGAAGAGCUGGAGACAGACAUUCUCUACAGCCCACAGCUGGCUCUGAAACUAGCUCUUUCAGAAUGGCUCGGAGAAUUUGGUGUGCCUCACCAAUACAACAGCCGACAGGUGCCUCAGAGUGGUGCCAAAAGCACAGUCAUUGAUGUGUCAUCUAUGGCAGCUCCUGCACUUUGCUCGACCACAUCAGUCACAACGGUCUUCCAGCAGCCCAUUAUGUCACCAGCAAUGCCCCCUCUCUGCCUAGAUCCACUUCCACUUCCCAUGGAAAAACCCCUUCAGGAAGUAGUGGAGGUGGACGUGGAGAAAAAGGAUUCUGACGAAGAACCGAUGGAGAUGGUGGUGGAGAAGCUGGAAGAGCCAGAGCCAGAAGCAGAAGUUGACCCAGAGGAGAAACCAGUUAGUCCUAUCUUGACUGAGAAAAUGGCAGAAGACCUAAAGCCAAUGGAUACAGACAAGGAGAGUCUGGCUGAGUCCAUCCCUGAAGAGUCAAUCCAGGAGGACUCUGGGAGUGAUAUUGCCCCAAUGCAAACAGAUGAUCAAAUCAAACAGGAGUUGUUUGUUCCAGGGCUCAAUGAGAAACCACUGUUCUCAGCCGAGCCGCUCACACUUGAGGACCUGUGCUUGCUGGCAGAGCUCUUCUACCUGCCGUACGAGCACGGACCCAAGGCCAUGCAGAUGCUAAAGGAGUUCAACUGGUUACGAGCCAACAGCAGUGUCGUCAGUGUCAACUGCAAAAGGAAGGAGAAUGAAAAGGUUGCAGAAUGGCAGUCACGUGCAGAGAAGUUUGAGGAGAUGUGCUGUUCAGUCAUCCAGAUGUUCACACGACUGUCUAAUACAGCCAACCGCACCAUCCUGUAUGACCUCUACCCUUAUUGGGACAUCAAGAGCAACAUUUCUAUGGUCAAGUCUUUUGUCCAGUGGUUAGGGUGUCGUAGUCAGUCAUCAGCACAAUUCCUUAGAGGAGACCAAGAGCCCUGGGCCUUUAGGGGAGGUCUAGCAGGAGAGUUCCAGAGACUUUUACCAAUAGAUGGGGCAAACGAUCUUUUCUACCAACCUCCACCUUCCUUCCCAACAUCCAAAAUCUAUACGAUAAGGCCGUACUUCCCCAAAGAUGAGGCUUCGGUUUAUAAAAUAUGUAAAGAAAUGUACUGUGAGGGAAUGGAGGACGUGCCAUUCUCUGAGGGGGAUCCUGACCUCAUAGGAGACAGGUUAGUUGGAGGGCUCCUGUCACAGAGCUCAGACUACGGUUUUGUGCUGGAGGACGACGAGGGGAUCUGUGGUUAUGCUGUUGGCACCGUCGAUGUGAAACCCUUCAUCAAGAAGUGCAAGUUAAGCUGGAUUCCUUUCAUGCAGGAGAAAUACCUAAAACCUGACUGUGAGAAGGACCUCACAGAGGCUGAAAAGAUGAUGCUGAGUUUUCACGAGGAGGACGAGGAGGGUCUUCCAGACUCAUUCCUGUCCAACUUCCCUUCUCUCAUCAAAGUUGACAUACAUGCCAAAGUGACGGACCCCAGCGUGGCAAAAAGCAUGAUGGGAUGUCUAUUAUCUUCCCUUAAGGCCAAUGGCUCCCGCGGUUCAUUCUGUAAGGUUCGUCAGACUGAUAAGCGAAUGUUGGACUUCUAUAGUAAGCUGGGAUGCUUUGAAGUGGCCAAAAUGGAGGGCUUUCCCAAAGAUGUCAUCAUUAUGGGACGCAGCCUUUGAGGAAACCUUUUGAUAAAGUAACGGACACAGGAAGAGCAAGUCAACGCGGCUUAAGUGUUUGCUGCCUUCAUAAGGGGAAACUUUCAUAAUGAUUUUAUACUCUGUUGCCAUCUGAACACGGCCCAGGACACCCCGGGGGACAUGUAAGGGCAGCACAGAUUCCCUGCGAGACCUGCAGGCAGAACAGAGCGAUGCACCGAUUCCCUGUGCCGCUCUUAGAUGUUAUAGUUCCGUUGGAAUCGACAGAUCCAGAGCUGUCUGGCACCUAAGCAUUGAUUUCUAUGGCACGACUAUUUGCAUACCUCCAGGUAGAACAGAGUAAUACCUCCAUUAGCCUUUUUUUGAUAAUAACCAGUAUCCAUUAGACAGAUUUAACUCCCAUGCCCUAUAACAGUGUGUCAAUUUGCAAUCUGUGAAAUAAGGGUGGCCAAAUCUCAGACAUAUGGAGGAUAUGAGGUGUGACAUGGCAGUAUUGUGGUAUUGUCAAAUGCUCCACAGUAGUGUUGGAAAUAGAGGCUUUUUGCAGUGUUUCUAGCCACUUUAAUGUGAAAAAUUGUGCUCAUGAAGCUACAAUUGUAGCCUUUAAAGUUUAAAGCAACGCUCAACAGUACAUCAUUGCUGCCCACCAAAGAAAAGGUGGUGUUGAGGGUUAACCAUGAGGUCCCCUGAAUUUUUUGUCCAGACAGAUAUUUGUAAAGCAGUAGAAAAGCUUCAACAGGUUUCAAAACAACGGUCCCUUUUUUCUUUCAUAAAUUUUGCUAUUGGUUUUUUUUUUUUUUUCCUUUCCUCUCUUAUAUCCCUUCCAGCUGUUUGCCUUUUGGUUCUGUGCCUUUUGGAUUUUAGGUUUAUAUUGCAGAUUUCAGGAUCUCAUUCUCGUUCCUAAAACGUGUUAGUCAUGCCCAGAGAUGGGGAUUUUGUAUAUUGGGCUUGUUGUUGCACAAAUUCCAGAGAUCUUGCCUAACACUGACAGCCACAUACUUCAGUUUUGCCUGAACUUCAGCACAGAAAUUCUUUGAUAAACCCAAGAUGACUGAAAAAAAAAACUCAUAUUGUACUAUAAGUUAUGUAAAAUUAUUCAUUUAGUAAAUGUUAUUGAAAAUGUAAGUUUUUUUAAAUGGUUAAAAAUGUCAUUUUUGCUUUGUUCCUCUUUGUAAUAAAAAAAAAAAAAAAAAAUCAACAGUUCUUACUAGCAUUACUCAGUGGGACCAAAUUACUCUGCUACUGAAUACCCUGCCCCUGAUAGGUUCAGUAUUUUCUGGUACCAACCGCAUUGGUAAAAAGAUUAAGAAUGCUUAAGAUCUUAACCUCCCAGUCCGACAAAACUGUUCAGAUCCUCGUAACUUUCACUCAAGACCCGGUUUGUUUUUUUAACAGUAAAGUAACUUCAGCAGUAACCUUAGAUCCCUUUGUUAAACACGUUAUUGGUAGCCAUUAAUCAUCAGCAAUGCCUCCCUGCAUUAUGUUUCAACUUUGGAUUUAAAUGAAUGUAUCCUCAGAUGAACCUCUGAGUCCUCUGAGGGUCACAUGCUGAUUCCUGUUGACGGUUCCCACACUGUUCAGCUGCAUCUGUGAAGGCGUGGAGCAGCAGUCUGUUGUACGGAAGAGUAUUAGGGCCACUUAAAAAAAUAAAAAGAAUUC